AUGACUCUGCGCGUCCCAGACUUGUGCGACCGAACUGACGUCGACGCGUUAGCGCGCGCGCAGGUGCUUAAGCAUGUAUUCGUAGACGACCCGAGAGUGACUGAGGCGCGCGAGGAGUGGGAACGCGUUCGUUGUGCCCUCGCUGAUGCAAGAGCUCGCGAGCGCGCGCUAUUGGCCAAGUGCGCUGCGCUCGCAGAUGAAUGUCGAGGACAUGCGAGAAAGAUGACGAUGACGCUCGAUUUAUCGCGAGAAGACAGUACUACAAUUGAUGCGCUCAAGAAUGAGCUGGAGCGCGCGUGGGCGAUGGUGGAUGAAUCACACGAGAGCGAAUUGGAGAGCAAGCGAGCCGUGAGCGAGCUUAAGACUGAGAUCGAGCGCUUAACGCGCGGUGAGGAUAGGUUCGAGGAUGGCACGACGGACGAAAUCGCGAUCAACGGAAACAAUCUAGUCGGAGAAGUCAGCGUAUAUCGACCGAGCGCGCGAAAAGCACAAUCGCGUGAGAUCUCGUCUCUCAUGAGUGUCAAGGAGAGUCUCACAGCCGAGAGAGAUGAGCUGUUGGAGCAGACGGUCAAACUGAGAGAGGAGCUCGAUAAACUGUCCGAAAGGACGAGACACGCCGAGUGCGCGAAAUUGGAGCUCGACAUUGAAUUACAAGAUGCCAGAGAUGCAUCGCACGCGAGCGCGAUCGAGGUCGAGAGAGAGAAGAGGGCAAAAGAGCGUCUUGAACGCGAGAUUCAUCAAAUUGAAGAGCGCUCGGAACAGCGAGAGGGGGAGAUCAGAGAGAACAAGCUAAGAAUGGCAAAAACUGAAGAGAUUAUCGUCAAAGCAGAAAAAAAUGCUCAUCUUCAAGAGCGCCGGGCCGAGGCUGCCAACAAAGAAUUGAAUGUCUUUGCAAACAAAUUUGACAAGCUUCGUCGCGAGCUCGACGAAGCGAGGGUGAGCAACAAGAACGCUGAGGACGCAAAUCGAGCAAAAACUCACGAGAUCCGGGCUUUGAACGACGAAGUAAAAAAACGCGAGCGAGAGCGAGAAACAAUAUCAAAACACUCGAUUCAGCUCGAGUCCAAGCUUCGAACGGCUGAGCAGUCGCGACUGAACGCCGACGAGGCGAGGGAUGUGCUCAAGCGCGAGGUUCAGCUGCUCGAGCAACGUCUCGAAGAUCAGAAGCGGGACUUAGAAAACGAACAAAGACGAAGGGAUAAUUUGAUGAGAGAGCGCGAUGUCUUGCUCAAGAUGACAACUCAAGCACAAAAUGCCACGAGUAGACAGCAAGAUUUGCUGCGCAUACACGAGGCCCAGCGCCAAACUCUUGCGAAUGAAAUAAAGAGCUACAAGAUUGAGCGAGCGAAGCAAGAAGAAGACAUCAAGCGCUUAGAUCAGCAGCGCAACCAGGCUUUGACGGAAAUAGCGGCGGGCACGCGACGUCAGGAAGUACUGGAGAAUGAGGUUCACGAUAGAGAGUCUCAACUUUGUGACCUGCAACAACAGUUGCAAGACGCGGAGAACAGAAUCAAACACGCCGAGAAGGCGUAUGAUGUCCUUCGUACCGAACGAAAUUAUCAAUCAAAAUGUCUUGUAGACGCUCAAUCUCAAAUCGUCGAGAUUAAGCGCGAUUUAAAGGCGAAGAAUGUUGUUCUUGAAGGUUUACGAGAGGAAGCUCGCAUGAAGGAUGGCAUCAUUGUGAGCGAACGCUUUGAACAUCGCAAGCUCGACAAAGAACACGAGGCACUUCGGAAACAAAAUGACAGAUUGAAUGUGAAGGUCGAUGAAAUGCAAGACGCUCUCAAGCACACGAAUGAUGAGUCCAAGACGCUUCGAGCCUCAAUUGUAUCGCUCCAAGAGAGUCGAGAUGCGCAUCGAAAACAGCUCGAUGUCAUGAAGCGCGAUCGAGACGUGCUCAAUACACAGCUAGUUCAACGCAAUCAAGAGUGUGCUCUAUUGUACGAGAAAGUCAAGGUUCAGCAGAAAAUUCUAAAUCAAGGUCAAGCCGAGUAUCGAGAACGCAUUCGCGAAAUUAAAACACUCAAGCUGAGACUUGCAUCGCACACGCACGAGCUCGUCUCCCUACGAGACGCCGCGACGAGCAUAGACACGCUGAAACAAGAGGUUCAAUCUCUUGAUCGCGAGCUUCUCCACGAGCGCACGAAGGUUAAAGCGCUAAGCGAGGAAUUAGAGAGUCCAAUGAACGUCCAUCGUUGGCGACAGCUUAAAGGAAGCGACCCGACAACGUAUGAAUUGAUUCAAAAAGUGCAGGUCUUGCAGCGAAGGCUUAUCGCUAAGACGGAAGAAGUCACUUCAAAGGAGAUACUCAUCGCGGAAAAAGGCAAGGUUCUCGACGAGCUUCGCGUCGUGUUGUCCAGGCAGCCUGGUCCGCGAGCGUUUGAGGACCUGCAAGAAACGCACGCGCAAAUCAAAGAGAAAGCUCGCCAAAUCAAGGGCUUGCAGAGCGAGCUUAAGAUGUUCAUCGCGCAUAAGGAUGCGUACACGUAUGAACUCGGCAUGCUUCACGAGGAGCUGGCGCUUCUGCGCAGAAAGAAGAGUGGCGUCUUGCCGGCUCGAUCCGUCGUCGGCUCGUGA